AUGACUGCUGCAUUGAUGUCAAUAAGUUCAGCGGAUUCCAUCAUGAGGCCAUUGAUCCACCUCCGCAUCGGCUCUGUUCCUGUUGUCGUUGCCUCCAACGCUGAUAUAGCAAGAAAAAUUCUCAAGACCCACGGGACCACCUUUGCAUCUAGACCUCAAUCCUCAGUCAUUCACUACCUCGCCUACGGUGCUUCUGGUUUCGCCUUUGCUCCCUACGGCCCCUACUGGAAGUUCAUGAAGAAACUCUGCAUGUCUGAUCUCUUAGGCGGUCGCACGCUUGAUCAGCUCCAGCCCAUCCGUCGUGAAGAGAUCCAACGAUUCUUGCGACUGCUACAUAAGAAAUCCAAUGGCGGAGAAGCAGUCGAUGUUGGCCUAGAGCUCAUAAAGAUGAUGAACAGCAUAGUAUCGAGGAUGGCGAUUAGCCGGAUAUGUUCGGACAAAGAAAGGGAAGCAGAGGAAGUGAGGGAGACUGUGCAUGAGAUGGCGGAGCUGGUCGGCACGUUCAACAUAUCGGAUUAUAUCUGGUUAUGUCGGAAUUUGGAUUUGCAGGGGCUGAAGAAAAGGCGUAUCUCGGUGGGAUUUCGAAAUCCCACCGACUCCAUCGUACACGUUCAAUCCAUCUUAAAACGUGGAGAGAUGGUGGCCAUCCAAACGUGA